CUGUACAAUUCCCCCACCUCACCUACUUUGAUUUUUACUCCCUUUUAAAAUUUUCUAAUUUGGCACCAUCCCACACUUUAAAGGAUGCUCUGCCCUUCGGCCCAUUCCUCAACCUGCACAUAUAGCUGAUAGCUCAGCUCCCCAGAAGCAUCUCCAGAGAGAGAGAGAGAAGAGAAAUCAGUCACAGCAGAGUUGAUCAGAAAAGAUGGCCAUUAGCUUUUCAUAUGAACAUGCAGAUGAAGAAGAAGACUACAUAGACAUGGAAGUGAGUUCUUCCACCACAUUAUUGUACUACCCCAUCACCUCUCCUCCUCAACACAGAGAGUUUGAGUUCCAAAUGUCAUCAGCUUCUCUUGAAAGAGAACCCUCCACCUCCCCAGCUGAUGAGCUCUUCUACAAAGGGAAUCUCCUUCCCCUUCACCUUCCUCCACGUCUCCAAAUGGUCGAAAAACUUCUCCAUAACCACAACUCCAUUAAUGCUUCUACAGAGAACAAAGCAGAGCUUUCUGAAGAAAACUAUUCCACUCCCUUCACUACAACCCCCACUGCUACUUCCUAUAAUACCCCAUUUGAAUCCUGCAACAUUUCUCCUUCUGAGUCUUGCAGGGUCAGUGGAGAACUGAACCCAGAUGAGUACUUCUUCGAAUUCCCCUCUGGAACCAGUAGUUUCAUGGGUGACCAGCCAAAGAAGUCUUGGUCCAAGAAGCUCAAAUUGAUCAGGCAAUCUUCACUGAGUCUCAAAUUGAAGGCUUCCAGGGCUUAUAUCAAGUCUCUGUUCAGUAAAUCUGGAUGUUCAGAUGAGUUCUCUGCAAAGGCUGCCAUGAAUGAAGACAAAGCAACCGUUUCCAAAGCCAAGGAGUAUUCGAACAAAUAUGUGAAGGUGACAAAGAAGAACCCAUUUGGCCAAAUUCAUAGGGAGAGGUACCAAAUUACAUCAUCGUCUUCUGUCAGGACAGAUACCCACACUGAGAAAGAGAAGAUGAUGGAGAAUGGUGGUGGUUGUGGUGGUGGCGGCGCCCAUAGAAGGUCCUUCUCAGGGGCCAUCAAACGUCACUCAGCAACCAAAUACUCUUCGUCUUCGUCAUUUUCGUCGGGCUCUUCUUCUUCUUCCUCUUCUUCUUCAUCCUUCUGGAGUAAUCCAAGUGGGUUUUAUGAGUUGCAGUUCCUUAGGAGUAGCAGUGCAAAUUCAGAGAUUGAGAGCUCAAUUCAAGGAGCUAUUGCUCACUGUAAACAAUCUCAGCAGUUAUCUGAUUCGAGAAAGACAUUAAGUGAAGUUGGGUUUUGUUCAUUCUCUGCUUCAAGAAUUGCAGCUUGUGAAGAUCAAGAAAGUCCAGAACUCAGUAGAGGAUGAUUAUUAUGAUGAUGAUCUAAAAUAAAAUACAAAACAGAAUUGAAAUUGAAGACCCCAGCAGGAAUUCAGGAGAGGAGAAAGAAGAAAGGUUUCAUUUUGUCCUGUUUUUUUUUUUUUCUUUCCUUUAUGGUGGGGGUGUAGCUCUUUCUGAACUUUUCAUGGCUGAGUUUGCUUGUCUAUGUGUAUUGAUUCAGUGCAAAGGUCAACAUGUUGGG